UAUAAAUCGUCUAGCAUAAAUACAUCAUUUCAAAGUCCCAUUUUAUGAAAUCAUUUUUCUUUUUAAUGAGCUUACUUUGGAGAAGAAAAGCAGCAGAGAGUACCAAAAUUCAACUAUCAGAAAGGGAUUGCAUAGUAUUAGAAAAAUAUACUCGUCGCGUAAAAAAGUUUGAAGAAAUGUUUAAACUAUGCUGUUGCUGGAUUGGAUAUGAUAUCCUAUUAGAGCUUAUACCCAUUGUUGGCAAGGUUAUUUCUUUAAUGUUUUCUCUAUCACUCUAUAAACUGGCUUGUCAAGCGGAGCUACCAAGAUCGAUCAGAAAGAAGAUGUUGUAUCAUAUCAGUGUAGACUUUCUUCUUGGACUUAUUCCAAUACUUGGCAUCCUUUUAGAUAUGCUUUAUAGAGCGCAUAGUAAAAACUUGAGACUAUUAAGAAGGUUUUUGUAUGAACGAGCAAGGCAACGAAACACCAAACUAGCAGAAGAAAAAGCAUUAGCGAAUGCUGAUCGAAUACCAUUAUCAGAACGAGAAACUGACAUUUCCUAGAGAGAAAUAUAUUCAAAUGAAUAUAUCAGAUGGAUAUACGUUUAAAUUGUUUUUGUUAUAAUAAAUUAAAUACAUUGGAGCAAGAGUAUGGUGCACUAGUGUGGGAGGAAGACGAAGGGAGCCAUUCGAGGAGUCUAUUCUACACAAGAGGAGACAAACCGCUGGCCAACGGACAAACCAAGCGGAAGAGGAAUGAGGACUGCGAGGUUUUUUUUUUUAGAAGACAACUGAUUCAGGAUAAACGAAAGAGGGUCUUCGAUAGUAGGUGGUAAUUGAAGAUAACUAUGCAUGUGGAGACGUUCAAUUAAAUGAGCAUGUGUGAAUCCAGCAUUUGCGUGGUACAGGCAUGGCUGGGUUUACUCCCAGUGAUCCAACCAAAGCGCCAGCGAAGCACACGACUACAAUCACUACGAGUCAUGGGAAGCCAAAAGAGGGAGUCUUAGGUCAAUGAUGGAUGACAAGCAGACAAGAGUUUAGCAGUGGG